AUGGAAAUCCAAAAUACUUCCGAUGAAGAUAAUACUGAUCAAGACUAUAUUCAUAUUGUAUUACGUCAUGGUUUAACAUCAUUUCGUGAUGCAUUUAUCACAACAUGUCGUUCAGCAGAUCAACCAUAUAAUCAAUGUGGUCGAUGUAAAGCAUGUCUAGUUAGUGCUCGCAUUCAAGAAGCUAAAGACUGGUGGUUACAAGCAGGUGAUCUUAUGAAACGACGCUUUCUUCUUGCUUUAAUUAAUCAUCUUAAACCUGAUAUAAUCGAUCAUUUAGCACAAAUUCUAAGACCAUUUGUAAAUGCAAAAGAUUAUACAUACACACGAAAUAAAGUUGACAGAGCUCCACGACCAACAACUGGUAAUAUAAAGAAAAUGGAUGAUAUUGAUCCAAUAAAAAGACAAGAAGAAGCUGCAAAACUUAUAUUAUGGUUUAAUUAUGAAGAUAAAUAUUCUCAAGGUUCAUUUAUUUUAAGUAUAUUGCAAUGGUGUGAUAGUCAACUCAUGUUUACAGUAGCAGUCAAUGUUUUUUCAGUACAAAAUAUGGAUUCGGAUGAUGAAGAUUUUCGAACUGAAACAAAUAAUAAUAAUCGUUCACGACUUUCAUCUGUAUUCAUUAGUGCACCUUCAAUGUUAACAUCAGUACCACAUUCAGCUCCUAUUCUUAAACGUCCUAAAACAACAGGUUCACCAUCAAUGCAUCGAAAAAGUGCUGUUUCAUUUGCUCUAUCAGUUUUAAAUAAUAAUGAUUCCGAUACUGAACGUCCGAUGUCAACAAAACGUAUACCUCAAUAUAAAGAUUUUAUUCGGCAAUUACCAGUUUAUGUCGCAAAAUCAAUUUUAAAUAUGCUCGAUAUACAAUCACUUGAAAAAUGUAAACUUGUUUCACCCUAUUGGAAAAAAAUGGUUUUAGAAGUCAAUGAUGAUGCAACAAUGACUAAAUUACGUUACGAUGAUGUUAUGCUUUUACAGAGUUCUGCUGCUUUACAAUGUAAUCCAUGUUUUGCACGUGAUACACUUGUACCUGUUCCUGAUUUAUAUCGUACUAAUACAAAUGAACAUUUAUCAACAAGAAAAAAAUUACCGAAUGAUAAAAAUAUAUCAGCUUGGAAUAAACUUUAUCAAUCAACUAAAACUCCGACUCGUUUAGUUUUAAUGGAAGAACGAAAUAUCUAUUGUGGUCCAUAUAAUGUACUUUUACUUAAAGAUGAUUCAGAACGUCAUCGUCCUGCACAUAUGAGUGGUGAAAGUCUUGUUGCUAUAGCAUCACGUGAUAGUCGAGUUCGAUUUAUUGAUAUGCAAUCAGCACAAGAUAAACCGAUGAUUUUAGUGGGACAUGCUGCAUCUGUUCAUUGUAUUGUUGUACAAGAAGAUAAAAAACGUAUUUUUACGGGUAGUUAUGAUUUAACUGUUCGAUGUUGGAGUUUAGAAACAGGUCGUUGUAUGAAAUUAUAUCAUGGACAUGAACGUACAGUUACUUGUUUAGCUGUUUUUCUUGAUUUAAUUGCUGCGGGUGGAAAUGAUAAUCUUUGUUUGGUAUGGAGAUAUAAACGACAUCGACCAUGGAGAACAUUUAAGCAUAAACAUCCAGUAUCAGCAGUUGCGAUUAAUGAUGAUUUUACAGUGUCAGGUGAUAUACAAGGAAAAAUUAAAGUUUGGCAUAAUUUAACUGGAAAAUUUAUUAAAUGUGUUAAACAUCGAUUAGCAAUUACAGGUGUUAAAUUUGAUAAAUGGCAUAUAGCAUCAUCAUCCCGUGAUUAUUAUGCUAAUGUAUGGUCAACACAAGGAACAUUCGAUAAACCUUUAACUGCACUUCGUCAUCCAAAAGAAGUUCUAUGUCUUGAAUUUCUUUAUCUUCGAGUAAUAACGGGCUGUGCAGAUGGAAAAAUACGUAUUUGGAAUGCAUUGAGUGGAACUUGUUUACGUGUUAUGCGUGGUAACAGUGUUUCUGAUCCUGUCACUGGUCUAGUUGUAACACUAAACAGACUUCUUGUAAAUACAAAAAGUAGCUUAUUGUUAAUGAAUUUUGAACCAGUUAAUUAUGAUUAUACACUUGAAGAAGAUAAACCACCAAUAACAGAAACUUCUACAUCAUCAAUAUUAUCUGCGUCAAUGAAUAAACGUAAACAUAUAAGUGUUAGACAACGACAAACAUCAGCAUCAUCAAAACUAUCAACCGUAUCAACGCAAGAAUCAAUAGACGAGAAAAAAAAAGGAGUCACAAUUGCAUCGAAUAAGGAAAACAAUGGAGGUGGUCUAACAUUAGAAGAAACAAAAGAAUUAUUAAAAAAACAAAUACGUGGUGAUCCAGAACAAAAACAAAGUUUAAUACCAGCUGAAUUUCGUAAAAGUCAACAGGCAGCAUUGUAUCAAACAAAUAAAAGUCAAGAUGAUACUAUAUAUUCUGAACAUCGUCCUGUUCCAUUGAAAAUGACUGAUCGCCCACCAUCAUCCCCAAGUCGAUUUGAUUUACGAAGACGUAUGGCUAGUUCUCAAUCUCAAUUCUAUACUCGUCCACCUUCAGCCUCAGAUCUUACUUCUACAAAUACAUCAAUCAGUCGUUUUGAAAUUAUUCAUCGACCGCCCUCACAAAAUCGUAUUCAUAUCUCUCAAACGAAUACAGAUGUAUCCUCAAUUUUCAAAUCAUCUUCACUCGACGAAGAGAAAGUUCAAUUAUUACAACCACAACAACAAAAACCAGAUAAACCUAGAUUGAUAAGACCCCGAACAAGUACAACUAUUCCUACAUAUGAAGUUAAACGUGGAAGUAAAAUUUAUAAAGUUGUUGUUGGUUAUGUGAGUCCCUAUACAAGUCCAUUACAACGAAAAGAAUUAAAUUUAAAAACUGAUGGCGAAAUUGAUUUAAUAUUUAAACAAAUUAAAAAACAACAAGAAAUACAACGAGCAAGUCAGCAACAAAUAUGGCUUGGUUUAUCACCACAACCGACAUCAUAA